AUUUAUGAACAGUAUAUUACUUAAUGAAUGGAAAACAAUAAGUAAAUUCAACAGAAAGCUUAAAAAAAUAUAAAUAUAUUUAGGUUCGUAAUCCUCAAGGCGCCCUAGUGUUUACAAAAUACAAUACGACAGAAAAUCUCCGGUCAUCAAAAUGCUGAAGAAAGUUGUUUCUGCGAGCAUCUCUGUAUUACACCUAUGGCAGAGACCAGCUCUCUAUGCCAUGGGUAAUUCACUUACAAUUCAUCAACAAAGGUGUUGGUGUAGUUCAGAUAACUAUGAUGACCUGAGUAAACAUUUUAGCCAGGAAGAAGAAUUCAGUGCCAAUACAGUUGCUGAAGCUGAGGUUAUGUAUUUUACAACUGAACCGAAGACAUUGAAACAAAGAAAACCACCAGCAAAGGAUGGCAUUAUGCCAGUCAAGUAUUCAUUGGCUGCUACAAAUAAGAUGUUAUUUGGGGCUCUCCUAGAAACAAAAGUCGAGAAGAAACGGAGGCUGAAAAGAGAAGAGAAAGGCAUCAGCGAAGAGGAAUAUCAAGAAAAACAGAAGAAGAAAAAAAAGGGUAAAAAAGAAAAGAAAUCCAAAGCUAAGAAGCAAGAAGUUAAUCCUCUGAUAAGCAGACCAGAAAAUGUGCAUUAUUUUGGUCUUGGUAAUGAUGAAGGUCUCUCGUCUGACACUAAUACCUCACGCCUUACACAAGAAAUUCUCAUAGAUGACUUCCAAGUUAAGGAUGAUACUAAUUACUCUAAUAAUAGUGAUAAAUUGUUUUCUAUUAAAAAAUUGCCCAAAUAUAAAAAUAAAUUUACUUAUAAUGUCCAGGGAUCCCAGACAAAAAGUAGGACAAAAAAGAUAAUCAUAAUUCAGGGACGAGACUUAAAGACGAGCGCAGGAACUCACUUGGAGGAUGAGGAAAAUAGCAUAAAAGGAACAGAAAACCAAAUCUUAGAAAGUAUAAACAUAGAUACCAAUAAUACAUCACCAGGAGAAGGCAGUGCAACACUUGUGACUAUUGAUAAUUCCACAUUCACUGCAGUGCCUACCUUAUUAGAUAUAGGAGAGAUCCAAAACUUCCCCCUGUUUAGCAGUGAUAUCCGUUCCCACGAGCCACGGGUAGACUCGUCUCUGGAAACCAUAACGACAAUAGGGAUGUUCGAUGGGGGUUAUCAGAAACUUCCAAGUGUCAGAAAGAUCUUGGAUGCGACAAUGCCCUUGCCCAAUAGAAUCGCUCUAGAGAAGUGGAAGGCCAAGAUGAUUAAGGAACUUGGAGAAGAAGGCUUUAAUAAGUAUAGGCAAGAGUUACUGGAUCGAGGGAAACUGCUUCAUGGGUGUAUCCAGUCGGAGCUAAGUGGCAUGACCUUGAGUUCUGAUCAGACACAAGCAGUUUCUGGAUUCUGGACAAGCGUCAGACAUGUUAUUCCGAAUGUGUCAGAAGUUCAGGUGUUGGAGAGUCGCAUCAUUCACCCCUAUCUGUACUAUCAGGGAGCUGUGGAUUGUGUUGGUUCUUACAAGGGUAUGCCCAUACUCAUAGAAUGGAAGACAUCGGGGAAACCAAAUUAUCAGUGAAAUCAAUGUUUGAUGAUCCCCUGCAAGUUGUAGCCUACCUUGGUGCCCUAAACUUUGAUGGCAACUACAGGCUAAGGCAGCCGAUUGAGUCAGCUAUGUUAGUUGUGGCAUAUGACACAGGUUUACCAGCACACAUUCACAUCCUUAGCAAAAGUGAUUGUGAACAUUAUUGGCGAAUGUGGUGUACGCGGCUUUCACAGUUCUGGACUCAGCUGGCAGCUAAUCCUUCAUGAUGCGGAGAAUAAUCAGAGUUCGUAACUUUAAACCUUCUCAGAUAAAUUAGAGUGUAAAUUUGAUAAUUAUUAUAAUGACAUUGUUAUCUAUAGUAUUUUUCAUUAUUUAUUUAUUUUAUAAUAUAUGAAAUGUAAAGAA